AUGAAGAGAAUCGGCGUGAACGUGAGAUUGGAAGUUAUCCAGAAAACAGCAUUGUUGGGGAAAGCAAAGAUACUAAGGAAAGUACUGUCCCUGUACGAAGAAGGAAAAGAGAGACCUGGGAGCCGUGGUGAAUUGUUGUAACCUGCUUCCAAGGACUAUAAACCACGCCGAACAUCCUGCCUGAGUCUACAAGGAAUGGAAAUAAUAAUAAUAAUAAUAAUAAUAGUAAAACUUAUACAGCGCCGAUAUAUAUUGCUAUUUUCAUCAGCGCUUAAAAAUAAAAAUAUUAAAAAAAAAUUACUAGGACUGCAUAAAAUAUACAAAGUGAAUGAACCUACCAAAAAGAGUUAAAACAAUUAUGUCAGCACUAAAACUAUAAAAAUUACUUAGUUUACCUAAAUGGUAAAAAACUGCAUAAAACCUACUAAAAAAGAGAUUAAAAAGCGCAUAAAAUUACAAAAAAGCUUUCUGAAAUAAAAAUGUCUUGAGUUUCUUUUGAAAAGAUGCUACUGAGGGGCUACUCCUAAUCGCAUAGGGCCAUGAAUUCCAUAGUUGAGGAGCAAGAGCAGCAAAAGAUCGAUCUCCUAACGUUGUUAAAGUCUUGAUUUCACAGGGUUUAGUAGCAGUCCAUCACAAUCGGAGAGUAAAUUGUAUGCUUCUUUAAGAUUAUUACGUUCCUGGAGAUAAAAAGGUGCUGAGCCAGUGAUAGUCUUUUCCGUUAACAGUAGUAUCUUAAGGUCAAAUUUGAAUUUAACCGGCAACCAGUGCGGAUUAUACAGCAUCGGUCUUACGUGGCAGUAUUUAGAUUCCUGGAAAAUUCUGGAAAAUUAACCUAGCGGCAGCAUUUUGGCCCCUCUGUAGCUUAUUAAGCUGGUAGGCUGGCAGGCCACAAUUCAAUUCAAUUCAAUUCAAUUUUAUUAUUCACACUUUAUAAAAUAUUUACAUUAUAUAUAGUAAAGUAGGAAUACACUAAUAAAGGAGAAGAAGAAGAAAAAAAAGAAAAUUAAUGGCUUGGGUAGAAGUGAUUUAAUAAACGAAACGGAGAUGAAAAAAAAAUUCACUGAGAGAGUGAAAAAGGAGGCUGAAACUAGUGUUGAAAUCAAGAUUGAAUUGAAAGAAUAAGGUUAUAGCGAUUAAAACCUGCGCAGCUGUCAGCGCUGAUCAAGUAUGGAGCAGGUAAGAUGGGCAAAGGAAGAACUGAAAACAUUGGAUAAAAUGACUAGAAAGGUGUUGACAAUGAAUGGUGCUUUCCAUUCAAAAAGAGAUGUUGAUAGGUUGUAUGUAUGAAGGGAGGAUGGAGGUCUGGCCGACUAAUAAUCUGUGAGGAGUGUGUGAGAGGUGAGUAAAACAGUUUUGGGUGGUGUGUGAAGAAUUCUUGGGAGGUUUUACUGCAAGGGGUGAGGGGUAAGGUAUAUUGAAAGUGAUGAAAUUGUCAGUUAAGUUGAUUGAAGACAUCUUGGAACAAUGAGCUGAAACUCGACAGUUGGAAGGAAAAAAAAGCUGCAUGGUCAAUUUUAUGAGAAAUACCCGGAACAACACAUGAAAGAAAACUUGGAGGUGGUUACGAAAAGCAGACUCGAAGAUCAAAACAGAAGCACUUAUUUGUGCUGCCAAGGAACAGGCUCUCAGGACCAACCAUGUAACUGAUACCAUGUCGACAAUACCGCGCGAAUCCCCCUCAGGUAGGUAAUGUGGCGAGAAGGCGAGAGUGUAAACCAUAUUGUCUGUGAGUGCAACUGAAAAGUUAGCCCAAAGGGAAUAUAAACAGAGACAUGACAAUAUUGCAAAAGUAGUUCGUUGGAAGUUAUGUGAGAAAUAUCAUCUGGGAAAGAAGGACAAGUGGUACGAACACGUGUCUGACAGUGUGAGUAAAAACGAUGAAGUUAAACUACUGUGGGAUAAUGAACAUCCAGUGUGAUCAUGUCAUCAAUGCUACAAUAGACAUGAUCAUUUGGUUGUAAACAAACAGGAGGGAGAGAGUGCGCCAUUCUCGAUAUUGCUGUAGCAGGUAAUAAGAUAAUUGUUGAAAGCAGAAUUAGAAGGUUAUAAAAUAUCAGGAGCUUAAAAGAGAAAUUGCAACGAUAUGGAACAUGAGAACCGUGCAGGAGAUACUGAUUGUUGUAUUAUCAUUGGGCCGUGAGUGUGACAAAGAACUUGGAUAAGUGGCUGGAAAAGUUGGACAUUAGAAUUAGUAUUUCAUUAAUCUAAAAAACUACACUACUAGGAACAACAAGGUAUUAGAGUUCUAGAGUAAGGAAGUGAAAUUCAAGGGGCCUUUGGCCUUUGGUCAGGGAUUAUGACUCGCUCCCUUAGCAGGUAAAUCGGUAUGAGAUCAGCCAGUGUACAAAGAAAGAAAUGAUUAUAAUAAUAAUAACAAUAAUAAUAAUAAUGGUAAUUUUAAUGAUAGUUAUAAUACUUAUAUUGUUAAUAAUGGAAAUAGGUCUGAGUGGAGUCAGGAGACCACAUAGCUGGAGUCCGAUUUGUAUAAAAAUAAGUAACAUUUAAUCGUAACUGUAACAAAAUUUGUGAUACUUUCAGAUUUUAUGAAACUAAAACACAAGAUCUUGUAAGAGUUUCAUGCGGCUAGAAGAAAAAUAUACAUAACAAGAACAAAAACCAAAAAAACGUCGAAGAGCGUUCGCGAUGGAGUGAUUAUUGUACCAUUACUUAUGUAUAUAUGACGGGUACUGCCCCCGGGCACUGUAUCCCAUUACACCGUUAUUAUCAUAAUUAGAACAGCGCUAGCAUUUAGUAGUGGUAAUAGGACUCAGAUUAGAAUCAAUUCCGUCUGUAAUCAUCGGAGUCGUAGAGAAAACUGUUUCUCAGUAGUCCUUUUGUGGUCGUAAACACUAUAUAUAGAAAAAAGACAAGCUAAAUAGUAGCAUCUCCUGUUUUUCAGACGUUAACGAGUGUGCAACAGAAAAGUACAACUGUGACAACAGCUCCAAAUGCCAUAACACCAAAGGAUCCUUCCUAUGUAUCUGCAGGGAGCCAGGAUAUUUCUGGAACGGCGUUAAUUGCACCGGUAAAUAUACUGUACAUUGAGAUUGUAGAUUCCUCUGAUAAAAGUGGCCGCUGUGUAAUUGGGGUCUAUCAAAUGGUGAAAUCAUGUUCAUUAUUGUCAUCACUGGUAUCGCGUUUAUUUCCCCUUUUUCGUUGAUAGCUAUUUUAGAGAAGAAAAAAAUCAAACCAGAAAAGUUUGUUGAACUCGUUUGGUUUCAAUUUGAUAAAAGCACAUGAAGAUUUGACAUGAUCUUUAAGGCCAAGUAAUACCGGCAACAUUUUCUCUUAACUUGUUGCACAACAUUGUUGCAUUCCAAGUUCAAAAGCGUUUUUGCCCUUCGAGUUUAAGAGUGCAAAUUAACGGUGCAGCCUUGUCUAAAAUUAAUCUGCCCGGUAUUUUGGGCCAUGGUUGUUUGUACGUUCGGAUUUUGUGUUAAAAUUAGUAUUUAUUAUUUCAGUAGCUGUUAAUACUGGUCUCAAUUCGGUGGCUGAACACCGAGAUAGUGUGUCUUUAAACUUAGAGGUUGCCAGUACAAACGAUUCACGAGACUAGGUAAAAAAAAAAACCCAAGCACCCCCUCCCCUCAAUGGAGCUUUGCGGUCUCUGGGUUAAGGGAAGAAGCUGGCGUUAAGACAGAUCACAGGCGACCCAGACGUAGUAUGUGUCACUGAAUGAAUAUAUUAAUAUUCACAUGGACAAAUUAAUGCGAUGAGUCGUCGAAACUCCCAUGGACUAAAAUAGUCUAAGAGUCAAAAUAUAACAAAACAAAGCUAAGAUACCUUCAACUGAACGUAUCCUUGUCUUUCCUGGCCGGUUUAAGUGGCAUUUUGUUGAGUUUUGCAAUUGUAGGUACUAUCCACUAAAGAAGAAUUAAAGGCUGGCUACAAAACAAACAGACCAUCUCCACGCGCCUUCACACGAAGCGCUAUAAAUUCGAGAAUAAUCGACGAAUCCGGUCCAAAUAACCAUCGGCUAAUCUGCAGGUAACGUGUGCUCCUGCUUCUGGCUCGCUUGCUCCACAAAACCUAUCGCAACUGCACAAUAAUUGCUCGCUCAUCAACAACCACUGUUGACCUUUAUGCUUCGAUAUGACUGCAAACGACCAGGUUUAAUACGCGACGUGAAUAUUCAAGCUUAGCGACCGCGUUCGCGCAACAAUAAUGCAGCAGUAAUACUAGUCUGUUUAAACACCAUUGUUAUGCAAAUGAGGUUCGUCGCCAUACAAACCCUUCUAAAUUUUGGAAUGAUGAAAGUCAACAGCGGACACCAUAGCGGACACCCUAAUCGCAACAUCCGUUACUAUGACAGCGAAGGGAAUGAUGAUGACAUAGGAGAAGGUGGCGAACCAAUUUUGGGCGAAUUGUCUUACCCUAAUAAGUCGAGUGCAGUGCUUAGGGUUAAAUCAGUCCAGUGCAGUGCUUAGGGCUAAAUCAGUCGAGCGCAGUGCUUAGGGCUAAAUCAGUCGAGUGCAGUGCUUAGGGUUAAAUCAGUCGAGCGCAGUGCUUAGGGCUAAAUCAGUCGAGUGCAGUGCUUAGGGCUAAAUCAGUCGAGGGCAGUGCUAAGCAGGAAAGCGAAAAGCAGAAGAGUCGGCUGAACUAUUACGCCUUGAGUUAUUGCAUUCAAACAAAGUUCCAACACUAGUCAGUGAUGAAAGUCAGCAGGGCGGAGCUGUGAGUUCUAGACGUAUGAAAAAAGACUUCGAGAGUGCAAAGGAGGACCUUAAACCUUUGAAAGACGAACCACGGGCAGGUAAAAGAAAAUUAGAAGAGGACGUAGACAUGUCUGAUCUGAUAGACGAGGGAAUGAACGACUUUUUGGUAGAGAGAGCCAAUCGUUUAGAGCUGUCUGAGAAUCCAUUGUUCAAAGCCAAUCUCACGUUUCUACCAUACAAACGGCAAGGAUUAAAGGGAGCAGUCAAGAAAGAGCAAUUCACCGUUACGUUUGACCAGUUACGUAAACCCACAGAGGAGGAAUCUUUGGGAGAGGGCUUGUUAGAGUCGCUGUUUGAAGCGGUAAGGGAAACGAUACUAAAAGGAAAACCUGUCGGAUUCAACAAAAGUUCAUCUGACUUUAACCCCAAAAGAACAUUCAAAUGGCACUGUCAAUUCGCGAUACUUAUCCCAUCUGAAGUAUGGGAUUCCCGCGAAGGAGUUUGUACACCGUGGUGAUUAUGUACAUGCUAUGUUAGAGUCACUGGCAAGAAAAAUGAAUAGCGCUCAAAAUAUGAAUCCAGCCAUUGGGUUCAAUGCCACUCUCACGUUUAUCACCUACCCUGACAAAGGUGGCAAAGGUCCAGCUUCUAAAAAUCCAAACAGAUUACCCUUUGAUUUGAUGCAUAAGGCUAUUUUAGUAUCAUUUUGUCUCGAGUCAGUAGAAUCCAUAAGAGACAUUUCCAAAUGCACAAAUAAGAGUUUGAAGUCUAGCCUCAUCGACAAAGUGAUCGUUGUCAUAAUUAGCAAUUACUAAAUGAGGGUGAGUAGGAUAUGAAGAAUUAUGUAGAGUGAAGAGGAUGUUAUCCCCAGGUCUGCGGUGACCCAAUCCAGCUCGAUCAACCUUACAUCUGAUCAGUCCACUGAAGGCGUUACUUCCUCUAGAAGAGGUAGAUAGAUAGAUGGGUUUAACAAAAUAAUCAAAUUGCAGCCGGCAGGCUAAAUUGCUUAAUUAUUUACAACACUAUAGAAGGUAUGAAAUAGUGGCAAAAGACUAAUUACCAUUUUUUUAAUUAGGGAAAAAAAAGAAAAUAACGUAAUAAGACAUAAAGUGACAUUAUAAUAACAUGUUUGCACGACCGCACAUGGCUGGUAUGAAUGACUUUUUGAAGCGGUUUUUGCGAGAGCGGGGACAAGUCGUAAACUCGAUCUCUCAUGCUUGGUAUUGUAGUAGCCUUGGUGGUUCGGAGAAAGGAGACAAGCGAGUUUGUGUUAAUCCGAGGAUAUACUAUUAAACGGCUUAAUUAAUACACUGAUCGUUACAGCUCUCAUAAUUAAGAGGCUGUCCGCGUAAGAACCGAUAAGGCAAAUUUCGGUCUAUCAAGGAUUGCCCUGAUUUUUCCAGUGGAAGAUAACUAUCCUAUCCCAUGAAGAAAUAUCACAUUUAUUUGGACCAACUCAAUUUUUUCUCUAUAUUACAAGAAGAUUUUCUCGGUCACCCAAAACUGGCCAGUUUGCCGUCGGAAGUGGUGCGAUUUUAAGGAAACUUUAGGGCUCUGUCAAAUCUGCCUCACAAAGCCGAAUAAGCUGAUUAUUUUACAAACACAUCUUUUAACUCUGAUUAAUAGUUUCAAGGUUUAAUGGUUGCAUUCUGUGGAAAGCUGGCUGAGAUAUGAUUUUUUUAAAAUGACCUUUAAUUUGCUUAUCGGGAAAAUUAAUUUGCAUAACUAGAGCUGAACGGUAAUUUCGCAAAAGUGGCACCUGACCCAGACUCAAGUCUGUGAUAAAACAGAAGUACUAAGACCAGUCUACUUCUUAAUGCAAUAAAAUUUGUGGGCACUCCUCUUUGCGUGCUGUACAAAGUUCCGCUAAUGUUCCAAAAUUCGCCAUUUUGACAUCAAAGCUGGAAUUGUAACGGUCUGCAUCUGGUCGACUAUUUUCCACAACUUUAAUGUUUCUAGUUAUCACUAACCGUCAUUAGACCCUUUAAAUGUUGGACUUUCGAAAACAUGUGAAGAAAACUUGGUAAUCGCUCUUUCUUUAUUUUUUUUUUGUCGACGAUGAACAUGACUUCAUUCUCCGUAUGCAAAUUAGCCUUAGAUGCGUCGUUUCAACAAAUUGACAGGAAAUAUAAUACACAUGUACUUGUAUUUCAUAUUUUUAAGGGAAAAAUAUCUCUUCUUUCACGGAAAAACACGAACGAUGUAUGACUUGGAAUCCUCUUAGGUCUGUUUCUUUUACGAGGAAGAAGCAGCAGAAGAAGAUAUGUUUACGCGAAUUAAAAUAAUUUAAUUACUGCGGCUCGUCACGCAUUCCCCCAGAAUGACCGUGUAUCGAUCAGUUCUUUUAUCUUAUUAUAUCUUUUUUGAGGUGAUAGUUAUUGAAAAUCAUACAAUUUAAUCACUGUUAAUUCCGAUUCUUUACUGGGUGGGAAAUACCGUGCUGUUGUAUUUAUUCAUUCUACGACCGUUUUAACUGAGUUAGUAUCACCGGGCGCCACUAGAAUAGGGUUUAAUAUGACGGCCCAUGGUGUAAUACACGACAAUUAGCCAAAAAGUAGUCACUUGGAAAAAAGGAAAAGGCAUAGUUUUUUGUUUACGGUCCAUCUCCUGUUAAACCCCAAAAGUUUUUGCCGGCUGUUAAUCACACUAAAUUAAGGAUCCCUAUGUUGUCUAUGUUUACUACUGAGCUGAUGGAGAAAAGCACGUGCACUCAGUGAAUGGAAGACGAACGUUUGUAAAUUAGGUCUCCUUUUCUUUCCCUGGAUUUGAAUGGUAUUUCAAAGUGACACAACUUAUUUUUUUUUUUUUAUUACCCAGGGAUGUAGCUAGGUUUUUUGUAACGAGGGGCAUUAUCGCGAGAGCCGAAGGGACGAGCCUUGUAGGGGGGUCUGGGGGUGUCCUCCCCCAGAAAAAAUUUCAAAUUUGGAGGCUCCGAAAUGCAAUUUUCAGCAGAUAUGUCUCCGAAAAAUCGACCUCGAAUAUGAAAAUGGCAAACAAUUGCAAGUCACUGUAAUCAAAAUAACUGAGCCUAAAGAAAACAAAUCCAUCCACAGACUUGAUUUGUCUGGCUCAACAGGUCCAGGGGAGGCAGCUACCCUACGGCUCUGUUACCACGUUGAACUGACUAGGUUGAUCUUUCUUUGACAUACACAUAGGAUGAAAACUUGAGGGUGUUGUGGUCUCAAUUAUUCUUCAGCGAUUCCUGCAACAAGCUUUUGCCUUCCGAACACCUCGUCUUCUUGCAGCAGAUCUCUAUGGUCAAGUUCAAUGUAUAUUCAAGUUCAUUACAUUGGUUAUUUCGUCCAUUGCCUUAUUGUAGUUACACUUAGGACUAUGUUUAGGUGUUGACUCAAACGGGCCUAGAGUCCAACAUGGGCUGGCAAUAGGUGAGCACGGAAUUGGAACGGGGGUGGGGGAACUCCCUAUGAUGGCCUAUACGGGGAGGCUCCACCCGAAAGGGGUAUCUUUUUUCAGGCUUCAGGUAUAUGAAAGGGUAGGCUUUCACUAGAUGAAGUAUAUGAAAGGGCGAGUGCGCUUAUUUCAGCCUUAGCAGCACCUUUGGCGGUUCUUAAAGAAAAAAGAACUAAGUUUAAGAAUUUAAGGAAAAAGUAGAAGGACUUAAUUUUUCAAAAAUUAAUAUACAGCGCAGAAAUUUCACCCCUUUAAGUAUAAAUGCUUGUAAAAGUAGAUUUGGAACCGGAGGGAGAGAGGGUGGAUGGUAAAGUAGGUUAGAAAUAGAGAGAUGGGAGGAGCACUUUGAUGGAGCACAUUGUUCAAGAGGGUAUAAAUACAAAAAAAAAAAGAAGAAAAAACAGCAAUCUGGAGGCAUUUUUGAAGACUUGAUGAAAACGUUAUCAAAACAAGAAAAACAGAGACUGCUCAAUCGUACUCUUCUCUGCCCUUUGGCGUCAAGUUUUUUCCCGUUUCUUGCCACAGGAGGAGCAAAUCGGCUAUUUAAAGUUGAACUGAACAUUCUGGUACUUUUAAGUCUCACUAAUUUUUACAAAACCAGAGACGUGUUUUAAACACUGUUUAAGUUAAAAAAAUUGUUUUUAUUGCAAGAAUGAAAUACUUUUCACACACGUCCCAAGGACAUUCCUCUUAGAAAAUGGCAGGGGCAGGAAAGCCCUGGGGAGGAGGUUGAAUCCUGACUCCGUGUAGAAAGUUCUUUCUUUUUUCCCCAUUUAUAAUGCUCUUCAAACAAUCAUCAGAAAACUAUCUUUUACAACACACGGAUUAACCUUUAUGUAUAGUAUUUUAUAGGUAAGAAUUGAUUAGAGCAAGAUACACGGCUGUCAAAAAAUAGAAAUAAAUAAACUAUCCUUGCAAGCUCAAUUAAACUGGAAACGAACAUCAGAAAACAUCGCAAGAUAAAAUGUUAAAUGGAGAAAUAAGAAUAUCUCUGUACGUUUAGAAAUUUUUUGCAUGAAUAAGAAAAAAGAAUGAUACUUACAUGAUGGAGCACAACUUUGACUUACUUCCUGCCACAGUAGUUAUUUUGCCAGUAUGAUCCAGAGUGUGACUGGGGUAUUGACAAGACCUUGAUUUCCGCCGUCUCCCAAUCCCUUGGGGGCUCAUUUUCCAGAACAGCGGCUUACAAUCGAGCCUAACAAGACCUUGGCGCUGGCAAAAACCUGUCUGUGUCUGUGCCUUGGGCAGAUUGUCAUUUUAGUGUUAGCCUGUGUACACACCACCCCCGACCCCCUCGGAGAAGGGGCCCUUUCUCCGAUUUUUCCUAAGGGGAGGGGGGGGGGGUCUGUACACAGGCUAUUUAGUGUCUGUGCCUUGGGCAGAUUUUCAUUUCAGUUCCGAAUACCUACCAAACCUCUACUCUCGCUAAAAUGAGUUCAUUCAGUCAUUGACUUUGCUACACUUAGACAAGUGACAGCUGGCUAAGUGCGACGUAAUAUCAUUCAUGCACUCUGCGACCAACACAUUUCCCUCCACACCCCUACUGGGACCACACUCUGUCUUGACGAUCUCGCGAAAAGAACAGCUUUUUUCACAAUUGAUCUCUUCGGCGAUUCAUUGGCAUAAUUAUAUUUGAAACUGGCACCUGAUGCAUUAUAAUUCAAUUAGACUGAAACCAAAACAAGAUCAUCUUGGGAAUAUACUACGGUGGCCCGUAAGUUCGGUGGUCCGUAAGGGACAUUACAAUAUAUUUUUUUUUUUGCUUAAGUUAUCGCGCGAUAAUUUCAACUGAUCGCGCGAUAAGUUCAAAUUAUCGCGCGAUAAUUAGUCAGUUUAUCGCGCGAUAAUUAGCCAGUUUAUCGCGCGAUAAAUUGCAACAUAUCACACGAACUUGAGAGAAGCUGAAACGUUGCAUGCAUGUAUGCAUGCAUUAUCUUGAUGUUGACCCUUUCUUUAUCAUACUAAGAAGGAGUUAUAGUCUAACUUUUAAGCCAGCUUAAUAGAGUUCAUUUGAGUUGCCAAGCUAGAUUUCCAAGCAAGGAUUACAGCAUUUUAAUCCUGAAGGAAAAGGGGAGUAAUUAAGAUUUACAGUUGCUAUAUACGUAUAUGUAAUCAAGUAUCUCUCGUUUCAAAACUAUACAGUGAGAAUCAAGCCAGGUUACUUCUUAGCUUCAAGUUUAAAGUAUUUCAUCGUCCAACAGUGGUCCCUUUUGUUAAGUGAAGUGAGUAAAGGUUAUGUUCUUGUUAUGUAUUUACAGAAAAGGACUGAGUUCUCCGGCGGAUUAGAAUGCGCAAUAAUUAAAGGUUAACAUACGAAAAUGCAAGCGGUGACAGGCCGCACAUCCAUACCGGCGUGAAACCUUGUGUUAACCUUUUAUAUUUUAGCUCUAACGAGCAUGUCCUUCAGGGAUUUUCCUUUCUUGUUGGAAAUGAUAGGUGGUUCUUUAAAAAUUUGGCGAAGUAACGGUUGGUUUUUUCAUUAAAACUUCUUUUAAAGUAGACACUGAGGGCUGGUACUGUGUCUCAAAAGGCAAUAUUUCUUUUUCCUUUCAGGAGUGCAGACUCCCUCUCUAUGAACUUUGUAUCUGAUGGAAGGUUUUCUAUCAUAGUUUGUGGGUAGCCUCUGUCAAUCAAGCGUUCUUUGAAAUUUGAGUUGCUAGCCUUAAAAACAUUCUUAUGAAACACUGGCAACUGAUAGAGAACCAACCUCUUCUUAGACAGAUCUACAAAGAACCUCUAAUUAUAUCGUACAAACGAGGAAGGUCUCUCAAAGAUAUACUUGUAAAAGCUAAACUCUGAGAAUUAAAGGCUAUAAACACGAGGGUGGAAAGCGUGAGUCAGGCUUCUCUUUAUCAUGUUAUGCAAAUUUAUCGAGCGAUAAUUUUCUCAUUUAUCGCGCGAUAAUUUUCUUAUUUAUCGCGCGAUAAUUUGAAUUUAUCGCGCGAUAAUUCUCAAUUUAUCGCGCGAUAAACUGUCUUUUUAUCGCGCGAUAUAAAAAUGUAAGUAGCGUGUCCUCUAUGGGCCACCGUAGUAUAUAGUUUAAGCCGCGCAAACAUAUAUCAUGACAUAUUAUUCAGCUGCUUCUUCCUCGUUAAACAACAACAAAAACAGACCUUAAGGGGAUUCUAAGUGAUGGUUCGUGUUUUUCUGUAGAAAGGAGAGUUAUUUUUCUCCUUAGAAAUGCGAAAUGUAACGAUUAUGUUUCCUGUCAAGUUGUUGAAACGACGCAUCUAAUUUGCAUAUGGAGAAUAAAGUCACGUUCAUCGUCGACAAGAAAAAAACCAAGAAAAAGCGAUUACUAAGUUUUCUCCACAUGUCUUCGAAAGUCCAACAUUUAAAGGGUCUAAUGACGGUUAGUGAUAACUAGAAACGUUAAAGCUGUGGAAAUUAGUCGACCAGAUGCAGACCGUUACAAUUCCAGCUGUCAAAAUGGCGAAUUUUGGAACAUUAACGGAACUUUGUACAGCACGCAAAGAGGAGUGCCCACAAAUUUUAUUGCAUUAAGAAGUAGACUGGUCUUAGUACUUCUGUUUUAUCACAGACUUGAGUCUGGGUCAGGUGCCACUUUUGCGAAAUUACCGUUCAGCUCUAGUUAUGCAAAUUAAUUUUCCAGAUAAGCAAAUUAAAGGUCAUUUUAAAAAAAUCAUAUCUCAGCCAGCUUUCCACAGAAUGCAACCAUUAAACCUUGAAACUAUUAAUCAGUGUUAAAACAUUUGUGUGUAAAAUAAUCAGCUUAUUCGGCUUGGUAAGGUAGGUUUGCAAGAGCCCUAAAGUUUCCUUAAAAUCGCACCACUUCCGACGGCAAACUGGCUAGGUUUAGGUGACCUAGAAAAUCUUUCUGUAAAAUAAAGAAAAAAUUGAGUUGGUCCAAAUAAAUGUGAUAUUUCUUCAUGGGAUAGGAUAGUUAUCUUCCACUGAAAAAAUCAGGGCAAUCCGUGAUAGACCAAAAUUUGUCUUAUCGGUUCUUACGCGGACAGCCUCUUAAAGUGCUGAGACCAAAACUAACUUAAUAGUGUUGACGUAUGAUUUAUCAGGCGACAUUAUGGAUAGCGCUCUUUUAUGUACACGCUCACGUAGAUAGUCGGUUAGCUGUGGUGGAAAAUCGGCGACUGAGCAAUAUUCUAGGCGCGGGUCUUAAUACUUUACGGUAGAAGUUAACAAUAUCUUUACAACUCAAGCUGAACCAAAAAAAUACAAACGCGGGUGUGCUGCAGGGAAGGUUAUUCUAAAAAUGGAGAAGAUAAAUGUACAGGUAACACUUAAAGAUCCCUUAAUUGAGACACUCACUGAGAUACUUCGUAGCCACGUCUCUUUCAUAUAAUUGACUUUCCUCUGUUUGAAAGUCGUUUUCCACUAUAUUCGCCUUAAUUUAAGCCUCCUUAAUUUCCACAAUACCUUUUAGUAUUAUAGAGCAUCAAUGUCCUAUAAUAAGGCAGGUAUUUUAUUGUAAUUCUUAUAGUCCAUUUUCGACUUCACUCGAGCUUCCGUCUUAAAACGGUGCGAAGUGCGAAGCCUUUUAAUAAGAAAAUUAAUUUCAAAGGGGAAAGG